AUGGCUGCGUCCAACUACCCAAGCUCGACCUUCACCACCACCUCCAUCCCUGAUAUCCAUCCACACUCUUGCAUCGCCCAGAUACUCACCGUUCCGUACCAGCACCUCGACGAUCCGUUCCAUAAACGCUUCGUCGCGGGCUAUUACGCCAUCUCUCAUCUUCUGUCCCCGCUUGUGUCUCCCGAGGACUGGGUACGGCUGAGUGCCUCGAACCCUCAAAGCCAUGUCAACCUCCGCUAUGGGAACAAGGAUGUGAGCGGGAUGUGUGACAACAUCACUGUCCAUGAGGAUCCAGCGGAGCUCAUAGAGGCGUUUCUCGACGCCAUCGCAGCCAUGUCUCUCAAGGCAAGCAACUACUGCCAGGCAGGCUGCCCCUCGUCCCUGGUCAUCAUCAUCUGUGGACCGACCUCGCUUCAUCAAGACAUGAUCCGCGAGCUUCCGUACCCCUUGAUGCCCAGCACGAAGCUGCAUCUUCUCACUGUCGGUGAGAUCCAGAGUUGCAUCGACAGCAAAGUCGGGGCAACCCUGAUUGCCCCGAGCAUGCUUUGCACCGGGUGGGUUGUCAACCAAUCACUGGGUGUCCAGCCAGCCAGAAACUCGACCCCUACGGAUCAGAUGCUCAGGCAGAUCGCUCGCAACGUAGCUUCCCUAUAUCAGAUUCAAGCUUCUAAAGAUCUUCUUGGACCCAACUCAAAGCUAGUCCAAAACCGUGUCGGUCAAGACCUCUCAACCUGGGUCAACACAAGCCAGGGCAGAGACCUCUACAACGCAGUCGCCAAGUCCUGCCGUGCCUCCCUGUCGAUAGCAACUCCCCGUUGUGUCUUUAACCUCUAUAGUCGCCUUGACGACUGGCCUCGACUCAGUGGUGAUCGCUUGGGUGAGCCUCUGGAUCGUUUCUGGCCCAACUGGCAACUUCUUCCCCAUGCCAAGGCCGACACUGGGAGCGCAGAUGGCUGCAUCGCCGAUACUACGCAAUAUAAGAGGACCCAAGCUUUGCUUCUCACCCUCUUAUACCCUUCACUUCUUCCAGAGGGUGGCACGAACCACGUCUUUCAGUCUGACUCUGGAUCAAUGUCCGAGUCCAUCGACGCAGUUCUGGAUAAAAUCAUCUCAGCCGCGGCUCAUCAUUUCGCCAUGGUCAAUUUGACUGAAGCAUUGCUCAACUUGGGGCAUAUUCCACACAUGCAGGCUUCAUGCCCACAUCCCACUGAGCCCUUGUGGGAGAAGUUGAGCCAGGGAGAGAUGAGAACGUUUAAGAGUAUUGUCGGUCUAUUUCCUCCUGCUCAUGGGGAUGUGCAGUCACCAGGCCCUGUUCCACUCGCUCAGUACAUCUGGAGUUGUCUCCAUGCCCUUUACUGUGACUCUCCUAAGAAGACAGCAGCCAUCGAGGCUCACAUUUGCAACUUUCGACACACCAUUCGACUUAUCCGGACUCACUUGACCCAGGAACUCAUCAAAACGCCAGUUGUUGCUCGCGCAGCUUUUGAUCUCAUCACCAGCAUGGGGUAUCGUCCGAAUGCCACUCUCCUGCGUGCCUGCGAGGAUGCCGAUAUUGCGGAAAACCUGGGGACUGAGCUAUCGUAUGACACGAUCGAGACUCGACGGACCUAUCACGAGAUAAAUUAG